AUGAAAAGUCAAGAAUUAGCAGAGAAAGCUAAAGUCGAGCUGACUGGAAGAAGGUUAUUAUGGAAUAUAAUCUGGUACGGAAGUCAUCUAGCUAUAUUCGCCUAUGGCUGGUAUUCUCAACAGACCAAUGCCAAAUUAGCAGCUUUGAACGGGUUGAAGUUCUCGGUGUGGACUUCGAGAGGUGCAGGUUUGGUUUUGGCUUUUGAUGGUGGAUUAAUAUUGGUUCCUAUGCUACGAAAUAUAUUGAAAUUGAUUAGACCGAAAUUAAUGUGGCUCUUCCCUGCCGAUGAGAACAUAUGGUUCCAUCGUCAAGUAGCUUAUCAGAUGGUAUUUUGGACAAUGGUACAUACCACAGCGCAUUAUGUAAAUUUCAUCAAUGUCGAAAGGACUCAAGUUCGUAAACAGACCGCUUGGGAGAUCCAUUAUACCCAACCUGGUGGUUUCACUGGACAUGUCAUGCUACUCAUCAUGUUCUUGAUGUAUACCACCGCCCAUUCGUCAAUAAGGAAACAAUGUUUCGAAGCGUUCUGGUAUACCCAUCACCUCGCCUUCUUCUUUAUGAUCGGAUUAUAUACCCACGCAACAGGAUGUUUCGUCCGUGAUUCGGUAGAUCCAGACUACAUACCUACUUUCCCUUUCUAUUCGACUGAACAUUGUUUGGGUUAUCAAAGUUGGAGAUUUACCAUCUGGGCAGGUAUACUGUACUUUGGUGAAAGGGUCUAUCGAGAAAUCCGAGCACGUCGAAAAACAGACAUCUCCGAAGUCCUCCUACACCCCUCGGGAGUAAUGGAAAUCAGAUUCAUAAAACCUUCCUUCAAAUAUAAAGCGGGUCAAUGGUUAUUUUUGAACCUACCGGAUGUUUCCAAAUUUCAAUGGCAUCCUUUCACUAUAUCAUCGGCACCUGAAGAUCCAUACGUAUCAGUACACAUUCGUCAAGUAGGCGAUUUCACCCUGGCUCUAGGAGAUAGGUUAGGCGCCACGAAGGGUAUCGCAAGUCAGAAGCUUGAUUAUCCAGAUGAGAAAGGUGACUAUGAUUAUGGAAGAAGAAAAGAUUUUAUAGAAAUCAAUCCGAAUAGUAUUGGAAAAGGUAUGCCGGUAUUGAGGAUCGAUGGACCCUUCGGUGCUCCUGCGGAAGACGUUUUGAAUUCUGAAGUAGCUGUCCUCAUAGCAGCAGGUAUAGGUGUAACUCCCUUCGCGUCGAUCCUUAAACAUAUCUGGUACGCCCAAAGAUCAGGACAACUCGGUGCGUUGAGGAGAGUAGAGUUCAUAUGGAGUUGUAGAGAUACAGGUACAUUUGGAUGGUUUCAAACUUUGUUAGAAGAGCUCGAAGCUUCUCAAAGCAAUCGUGAGUCGUCAUACGCGGUCAAAUCGAUCACUACCAGUAGCUCACCUCUCGAUUCAUUUUCAGCCGAUUGUCUACGUAUUUCUGUAUAUUUGACCCAGAAGAUGGAUUCUGACACCGUACAGAAUAUAACAAUCAACGACGUUGGAGCAGAGUAUGACCCAUUGACAUUACUUCAAUCUCGAACGUUAUUCGGGAGACCAAAUUACAAACAGAUCUUCCAUUCGUUGUUAUCAGGUAUCGAAAGUGGAUCAUACCUCCCAGGAAGAGAAGCUACUCUCAAAUCCAGAUUAGGCGUUUAUUUUUGUGGUCCAAAUGCCUUAGCAUCGACGAUCAAGAAAGAAGCAUUCGCAGUUAAGAGUAAAUCAGUAGAUGUUAAAUUCUUCAAAGAGCAUUUCUGA